AUGGCAACAUUUUCGGCUAUCGGUGGAGACGAUAGCCUAGGAGAGGAUGUCCUCGCCAGCUCUUUGGACGUCGAUCCACCCAGAACUUCAGACACGGACAAGCAGAUGGUUGUUCUCUACACAAUCCCGCAAGAUCUGCUGGCCGUCAUAUCACAAGAUCGAUGUCGUCAACGUUAUAUGAUUGCAACCCAAGAUAAGAAAGAGGAGAACCAAUUGGACAGUAUGUGCGGACGGCCCAAGGGAAGUUGCAACAACAUUGAGUUUCCAGAUCAUCCCUUUGUGGAGGAGACAGAAUAUCCACUUCAAAUUCGAGGACAGCCCGUUGCGAUCUGUCGCAACCUGGUGGAGCUUGCUAUAAAUUCGGGACCCGACAUGGUCUUUUGGGCGUUCAGUGCGCAGGGGUGGGCUCGAGCAUGGGCUUUACGUACCGGAUGUGAGGACGCACCUCAUCGUACAGUUGUGCAGGCAGACGGGAGUUUAAGAAAGGUUGAUUCUAAGGGCGACUACAUCAUGACUGAGGUGGGGCAAACAAUUUCAGAGUUGGAAGUCACUCUUGAACCUUUGUCAAGUUUAGAAAUGGCCCAAGAGAGAAAUGCGGGUUCAACUGCUGAGAUGUCGCCGGUGGUCGAACAAUACUACGGAUUCUCUAAUAGGAUGCCCAGGGCAGCAAGCGUAUCAUCAGCUUAG